CAGAUGUUCACUAAACUGCAGUUACUUCUUGUUGCUGCUGUAUGUCAGGCUACUCUGUGUUUUUCUUGCUCUGUUGCUUCAACGCGUUCUCGAUGGCUGAUUCUCUCCUCAACCACUCCUGGCCGUCCUUCUCCAAGUUUUGGAUGAAACGAUGGUCUUUUAAAAGAGCUUCAGAGGGUAAACCAUGCACACGACCAAGCGCUCCUGUGCCAGGGAUGAGAACUUCCCCCUCAACUUCACCUGACAGCUUUUUCAGCAGAACACCUGAAGAUCAGAGUUCCUGUUUAGCUGAGAGCGAUUUCGAGUGUGAGACAGACGACUUAUUUGACCUGAGCGCUUCUCUGAGAGACUCUGAGUAUUUCAGAGACCUGCAGGCUAGACCUGGUAGGGAGUGUGAGCCUUUUGCGCGCUCCCUGCCUGUGGUUAGUGACCCAGAGGACAAAACUCAAACAAAGCCCAAUCCAGGACUAUUCAUCUACCCAUCACCUACACUGCACUGUGGAUCACACGUAGAAAAUCUCUCACCAUCCCACAAAAAAACAGACAUGCUGUCUGAUCAGGGAGAGACGAUGGAAUCGGCAGAGAGUUUGGAUGAGAUGUACAUGGAUGACAUUGACAGCGACAGUUUCCCCAUCCUGGUCAGGUCUAUGUCCACCUCACGGAGACACAGCUCGGACGUCCCGCUGAAUCCACUCGACCUGGGGAGAAGGUUUAGUCUGGACACCAGGAGUAUAGACAGUGACGGGGAGCGAGAGGAUCAGUGCCAAUCUCUGAGCUCGGUGGAGGAGUUUUCUUCAUGUGGAGAGACAGAGCUCAGCAAAUCCAUACAGACAUCCACCCCAGGGAAGACGGUGUAUGCCCGAUCUGAGAUUGUGUCGUCAGAUGAUAAAUCUCAAGCUGAGAAGGUCUCACGUAUUCUGGAAACUUCUACACAGGCGGCGCGAGCUGCUGGAGAGGAACACGACUUGGAUGAGAAUUUGCGCUCAGCAGAAGGCCAGUGUCACAUGCUAAUGGUACAAAAAGUUCUGCAUGAGCUUAAGCUGUAUCACUGGGCCAAUCCUAGAACCUCAAGUGCUGACAGGAAAGAAAAUGUCACCUGGUAUGAAUUUCUCUCCAUCGAGAAUGAGGAAGAAGAGGAGAGAAUGGAGAGAGCAGAAAAGGGCACAAAGGUGAAGCGUACUCUGAGCUCGUUGAGGAACAGGAUGACCGGAUCCUUCAACAAAGACAAGGGUAAGCACCGUGAAAAAGAGCAGCAGAAAGAGAAAGACAGAGAGAGGGAAAAGGAGAAAGAGAAGGAGAAAGAGAGGGAAAGGGAGCUGAAGGAGAGCACUUAUGCGGUUAGCAGCAGCUGUAAUGGCCACCGGCUUGUGCGUGGCUCUUUCUCGAGCCGAGCCACGUGCUCACUGUGCAGCAAGACCCUGCAGAGGAAGCAUGGUCUGCAGUGUGUCAAUUGUGCUGUUAACGUUCACAAAAGCUGUAAGAGUCUCCUGCCUGAGUGCAGCAACACUAAGAACAAGAGUAAAGAUUUUGUCCAGAAGAGCCAAGCAGCUGCUCAGCCCAGUAGUCAAGCCUUGAGGGAGCCGUGCCUCGCCUCCGAUGGCGCCAUCCGCCUGGCUACAGGCAUGACCGUCCUUCCCCGAGGAGCCAGCGGGCAGCAAAACGCUCUAAGCGCCAACCACACGCUCAGCCACACCAGCAGCUCCAGCUCUAUUACAGGGGAGAUGGAUGAAGUAGACGCAUUCAGAAUCAAACGUCACAUGGAGGACACCAUCUCCAUUGCCCCAUCUACGGCCGAGUCUGUCAUUGUGGAAGAUGCAUACUACAACAGUGUGAGAUUGGAGCUGGACUCGAUUGCUCAGGACUUUGAGGUGGAGUCGUGGAGUUUGGCCGUGGAUCAGCAUUUCUUAAAGAAACAUACCAAAGAAGUGAUUAAGAGACAGGACGUGAUAUACGAACUGAUCCAGACAGAGAUGCAUCAUGUGCGCACGCUGAAGAUCAUGCUGUUAGUGUACGUGCACGAGCUGCGUGAGACUCUGCAGCUGGACGAGCGCAGACUGGACUGUUUAUUCCCGCAGCUGGAAACCCUGCUGGAUCUACACGGCCAUUUCCUGUCCCGUCUCCGAGAGCGACGCCAGGACACGCUGGAGCCGGGGAGCCAGUGCAACUAUAUUAUCCACAGUGUGGCAGAUAUCCUCAGUGAGCAGUUUUCAGGUGAACUCGGAGAGCGGAUGAAGGAAAGUUACGGCGUGUUCUGCAGUCAUCACACCGAAGCCGUCAGCUACUACAAAGAGCAGCUGCAGAGCAACAAGAAAUUUCAGAACCAUAUAAGGAAAAUAAACAACUUGUCCAUCGUGCGGCGGCUCGGCAUUCCCGAGUGCAUCCUGCUCGUCACACAGCGCAUCACCAAAUAUCCCGUUCUUGUGGAGCGCAUGCUGCAGUACACAGAAGCCGACUCUGAGGAACACGAGCAGCUGGCACGAGCUCUGGGUCUGAUCAAAAGUGCCAUCGUUCAGGUGGACUCUCAGGUCAGUCUGUACGAGAAGGAGACACGCCUCAGAGAGAUCGCUGCCAAGAUGGAGCCUAAAGCAUUCGGAAAGAUUAAGGAUGGACGCAUCUUCAGGAGGGAGGAUGUGACGCAGGGCAACCGGAGACUGCUUUAUGAAGGCACAGUCAACUGGAAGGCUGCCUCCGGCAGACUCAAGGAUAUCCUAGCUGUGCUGCUCACAGAUGUCCUGCUCCUGCUACAAGACAAGGACCAGAGAUAUGUCUUCUCCGCUGUGGACGGGAAACCGUCGGUGAUCUCCCUGCAGAAGCUGAUCGUCAGAGAGGUGGCACACGAGGAAAAGGCCAUGUUCCUCAUCUGUGCCUCCUCCAACGAGCCUGAGAUGUACGAGAUCCACACGUCCUCUAAAGAGGACCGCAACAUCUGGAUCACACACAUCCGCCAGGCCGUCGACAGCUGUCCUCACACAGCGGAGAGACUCGUUACUGAAGAGGAGGGAGCAAAACUGCAGCGCUUCAGAGAAAUUCAAGAGCAUCUGACGGUGAAGGACGCUCAGAUCAGGCAGGCUCUCACAGAAAAGCUGGGGCUGUAUACCGAACUGGCCGAGUAUGUGGGUGUUCUGGAGGACACUGGAACUCGCCGUCAUCUUCUGCUGCGAGGCGACGCAUCAGAACUCCAGCAGGGGGAGCACCUGCUCAAAGGAGCCAUAACAGAGGCGGAGAACCUGCAGAACAUUCUGGUGUCUAGUGUGAAAGGUUUUUCUAACACAGAGGAGAAUCAGAGUUCCAACUUACUGCCCAAGAGAGCGGGAACAUUCGGGGGCUACGACAACACCGUCAGUGUGCUGCAGAAACAAGGCAGCAUGAAGAAACACUCAGGUGGAGCAGGAAAGUCCAGAGAUAGGAGUCAGAGAGCCAGUUCAGACCCUCAGCUUAAAGAAAUGUCUGGCAGUCAAGGAGUGGAAGAGACUGAUAACAUGACUUUACCCAGCUGGAAUAUGAUCUGCUCCAGAUUUCCAAACACAGAGAUCUCCGGCCGGGUUCUGCGGCUUUCCCAGCAUCUCUACAGUCUACAGGCAAUCGUCUCUCAGCAGGACAGCGUGAUUGAGCUGCAGCGGGCAUCUCUCUUCUCAGCAGAGCGCCAGCGGGGGACAGACGUGCUCCUCGAGCAGGAGAAACAGAGGAACCUGGAGAAGCACCGUGAGGAGAUGGCUCACUUCCAGCGUGUCCAGGCACAGCAGCAGCACGAGCAAGAGCGUUGGGAGCGCGAGCGAGCGAAGCAGCUGAAACAGAAUGAGGCAGAGCAGCUCCGGCUGCAGGAGCGAGAGGACAUGUGCAGGAAGCUGGAGGACAGACUUGCUCUGGAGAGACAGGAGCUGGAGAACCAGAGGCAGAAAUACCAGCAGGACCUGGAGAGAUUACGAGAAUCCACGCGAGCUGUGGAGAAGGAGCGAGAGAAGCUCGAGCAGCAAAGGAAAAUGAAGAAACGCAGUACAACAUCCAUCACAUCAACAGCAUAUGGUGCGGACACAGCACAGCUUCCCACGUCCUCCAGUUUUAACGGUGACAUCCUGGGAAACUCCGGAACGGAUUCCAUCCGCCAGACCCUCCGCCCCACCGUCUCAUUAACUCCUGCUGAUUUCUCUGAGAGGGUUGACAUGCUAUCACGCCGGGAGAGUGCCACCACCCUGCCCGCCAAAACAGAGGUGCCCAUCCAUCUGGUCAGCACCACCAACCAGCUGCACAAACAGGGCGGAGUCCAGCAGCAGAUCCCCACCAAGCUGGCCACACUGAAGAGCAAGGACAAGAGCAGCAAAAUCAAAGGCUCACUACGCGUAGACAGCUCAGCUUCAAUAGACAUGAAGCAGAUGCUCUCUAUGAAACUGUCCCGAGAAACGGAGAGUUCUGUAAAAGCUCGUCGCCCCAUCAGUCCUCAUCUGCAUUUUCAACAUGCUCCGACUCAGAAUCCAGAUCCCCCUGUCACUGGAGAGAAAUACACGUCAGAGCCUCUGAAAGCACAGAACCAGAGCCUCCUGCAGUCCUACCCUCUCCCAGAUGACAAAGAAAAGGAGGACGUCAUCUUUAUCUGAGUGUCUCGUUGCAUGCUGGGAUACGUGACACACCUCAGUUCAUGCUGUGAUGUGCUGCACAGGGCUUCACAAGAACAGUUUCUUUUUUUACUUUUUUAGUUCCCUGGAGGAAAAAGUCUUACACUUUAUCAUUCCUUUUUAAUAAUGCCAGUAGCGUUUUCUUACUUUUUAAUAGAAGAACCAGCUAAAAGAAGUGGAUGAAGAAGUUUUUAAUGGGAGAAAUGAAGUCUCAGAGGAACAUGUGGGACAAUCCAUGAGGAAGGAGGAGCAUGAUGUGAUUGAAAUGAAAGGAAGGAGGUGAUGGAAAAUGAAGGAUGCAUGAACAGGGAUGAGCUGUGUGUGUGUGUGCGUGUGUGCACGUGUGCACAGUUACCUUCAAACCUUAUUUCUAGGAAAAGCAUCACAGAAGGAUUUGUCACAGAAACAAAAGGAAAAAAGCACAAAUGUUCAGGUGUAUGAGUGCAGUUUCAUUUGUGAAGAAAGCUUUUUAUCACGCUACGAACUCAUGUCACUGUUGGUCAGAGAAUGAAGCCUGUCAGCCUGCAAAACAUGAAGCGCUCAGCCUAUUAGAUUCGGUUAGAAAGCAACGAAAUCCAAUGAAAUCCUGCCAUGUUGAUAGAAGGAUUUUAGAAAAAAUCUUAAGGGUACUAUGAAAUAAAAUGGAUUCAUUCUUCAAUAGUAAUUAUUAAGGAUGCAUCUAACAAAUCAGGCUUAUAUCCUAGAUUGAGAUUUUGCCUUGGUGCCUAGAUCCGAUCUGCUGCUGCUGUUGUGCUAUGAAAAAAAAAAGAAAGAGCUAAAGCCAGUUAGCAAUCAAUCUCAAUUAUGUAAUGGCAGGAAAAGCUUCAAGGAUCAAGGGCAGGAUCAAGACUCUGAUAUUGAAAAUAAACAAACAGAAUGAUUAAUGUUGAAGGUAGAAUGUGCCAAUAGAAACAUAAAACACAGAUUCAGAGCUCUGUGUAAUGAGAAUGUGUGCCUGCUUCAGCUGAACUAACAUUAUAAAGAUGCUCCAUUUUAUGGCUAAGUACUACUGAAUGGAUUUUAACACUGUGGCAGGAACAUGAUUCUUACCUUCAGGGCAUGUUACGUUUGUCAGCAUCAGCGUCGGUUUCUCUCUGUGCCAAACAGAUCAAACUGGCAAAGAUGAAACUUCUGCCUCUCUGUGAUUUUAAUGAUGUCUGCACUGAGAGUGAGCUCAUUAAACACACGCAUGCUGACGAGUGCGGAAAAAGACUCCAAAAUCUGUGUGCGCGUGCAUGCAUGUGCAUGCACACUGUUCUUAUAUACUAGGUACAUCGAAGCUUUUUGGAACUUCUUUUAUUAAUAUUUUCUUUUCCAGCUACCGUUUGAUCAAAACAGGAAACUCAAGUUCACUAAGCUGAUUUUUUUUUUUAAAGAUGUAUUUAUUUAUUUUAAUUUGCAACACACAGCAUCAUGACUCGAGUCAGAUCAGCUUAGCUAGAGAGGGACACAAAGCAGAAACCCAGUGAACAAGUGAAGAUAACAGACACUGACAUGAAGGAUAGUGUGUUAUUUCUUGAUUUUUUUUUUUUUUUUUUUUAUUUCUUAUAUCAUGGCCAUGAAGACGAGCACAGGUCAUCCACUAAGCACCGAGUUCUUAUCGAUUGAAGUGACCUCUCAAAAUAUAUACGUGGAAAACCUGGCCUUUAGAUCAGCAAAAAUGUCCAAAACCUGAACCAACAAAUACUUUUUUGCGCCCAAUCAGUGCAAAAGCAAUUGGUUACCCCAUUACUGUUGUUGCCAUGGUUAUGUCUCCCCAUAAUUUGUAUUUCCAUGCUCCAAUUCAGUGUAGUUGAAUUGCUACUUAAAACAUUUGGUUCUUUAGCUGCACACUAGUGAAACAGAAGUGGUUGCUAUGGUUACAUUCCAACACGGUUAAACUGAUUGGCAACUCUGAUUUGGAAUUGAACUGCUUUGACUGUUCUGUUGUUUCUUUGGUUACACUCCAACACAGUUACAGAGGAUAUGAAGCACUGGUUUAAAACUCAUCACUGUGUAAGAACAAACACAACAGUAGAAUCUGUUAGCCAAUCAGAAGCGAGUGAUUUGUGGCCAUGGUGCAAGAUGCCGUGUUAGUGUCAUGAUCACUUCUUAGCCUGUUUGUUUGUUUUUUUUUUCCCUUUUUUUCUGCACCCACCAUCGUGUGAAUCUUGAACUCGGAUGAAUCUUACAGGAUAUGAAAUCAAAACGUCUCUGCUCACGCUAACAAACUCCCCCGUGAUCAGAGCACAGGAUGGAAGGAUUUUUGUAUAUUUGCUGUUUGAACUACUGCAGAGUGCAGCAUCUCCAAGCCCAAGGUUUUAUUGUGAAUAUAUUGUACAUAUGAUGUAGAUUUCAUGCUACAAUGUCUUAUAGUGCUUCAUAUGUACUGUAACUGUGAUUCUGUAACUGAUUUGGACUUGAUCUGCUUUAAAGAACAGGAGCUGUCAGCCAAUCAGAAACGAGUAUUUUAGGGCUAAUGAAAAUGAGGUGACUUCGACUGUUCUGUUGUUACUUUGGUUACACUCCAACACAGUUACAGAGGAUAUGAAGCACUGGUUUAAAACUCAUCACUGUGUAAGAACAAACACAACAGUAGCAUCUGUUAGCCAAUCAGAAGCGAGUGAUUUGUGGCCAUGGUGCAAGAUGGUGUGUUACUGUCAUGAUCACUUCUUUGCCUGUUUUUUUUUUUUGUUUGUUUUUGUUUGUUUGUUUGUUUGUUUGUUUGUUUUCUUCUUUUUUUUGCACUCACCAUCGUGUAAAUAUUGAACUCACGCUAACAAACUCCCCCGUGAUCAGAGCACAGGAUGGAAGGAUUUUUGUAUAUUUGCUGUUUGAACUACUGCAGAGUACAGCGUCUCCGAGCUCAAGGUUUUAUUGUGUAUAUAUUGUACAUAUGAUGUAGAUUUCAUGCUACAAUGUCUUAUAUGGUGACGAACUAUAGUGCACAUUUUUUUGGAGCAAGGGAAUGUGAUUCUUAGUCAAAAAGAAAACAAAAAGUUCAAUGCUGUAAUUCUUCUUAGGCUGUCAAUCAUUUUUCUUUCUUCUUUAUGAUCUCCUAUGUAAUCAGAAAUGAAGCCUUAUUCUGAGCUCAUCCUUUAGUGAGGAACCAAAGAUUCACUCCAAGACUGUAACAGCACCUUGUCUGUAUAAUUUCCCGUAACACUGUAUCUAUAUCUCUCUCUCUCUCUCUCUCCUCAUCACUGUGCUAAAGUCUUAUGACGAGUUGUGGCGUUUCAUUCUAUUCAUAGAUGAAGUGGUUUAUUCAGCCAUGUCUCUUCCCGUCUCGCGUGGCACUGUGCUCUGGUGAAGCACAUUUUCCUGUAAUUAGUAAAAAGAAAAUUCUUCAUUGCCAAUUACACUAGUCACUUUUAGUAGGGAGCUUGAGGAGUGUGAAUGUGGUGUUUUGUGUGCUCGUAUUUUUUUGCAGAUGUUUUAAUGAGGUUUGUAGCACGCAGGAGCACUGUGAUCUAUUUUAUACUUUUGAAAUUUUACUCACAAAAAAAUCUAGCUGUAAGACACAACAUCUUGUAAAAGAGAGGUUUCCAUUUUAGUAAUAAAACAUCUGA